CUUCACAACCCUUCACCUCUCUUUUAUCUUCUCUUAGAAUUUUUGGCUAUGGCUUCUGUGAUCUUAAGCUUGUUUCAUUAGUGAUAUGAGUUUCUUUUCCCUGCUGCGUAGAAUUAGACUUGUUCAAUCCUUUUCCGUAGUGUUUCUCUAUUGGUUUUAUGUAUUCUCUUGAAUCUCUGGUCUUCUCAAUCUCAAAUCAAUCGGAUUAUCCCAUUGAAAUCUGUUUAUAAACAAAUCCAACCUCAGAAACUCUUUGAAAAAUUCAACAUGUCAUCUGGAAAACGUAGCGGCUCAAUUUCUGGAGAGGAAGAGAGAUACGCAGUGAUGGACGAGAAGAAACGGAGGAGAAUGAUAUCGAAUCGCGAAUCAGCGAGGCGGUCAAGGAUGAAGAGAGAACAGCACAUGAAGGAUCUCAAUGACCGUAUCAUGAAUGGAACUAUAAAACGCAACGGGUUCAUUCAGAAAAUCAAUGAAGUCUCGGAACAAUUUGCGGUGGUUGAAUCUGAGAACAUGAUUUUGAGAGCUCAGCGUGAAGAACUGAGACAAAGGUUGGAGAUUGCUGAGAUGGUUACAGGGUAUGUGUGUGAGUCAAGUGGCAAUGCAAUGGACAUUCCUCCUCAGGCUCAGGGUCAGGACUUUUGGCUUAGACCAUGGCAGCCUCAUGUCCAGGGCCUGCCCAUGAUGACCUCUGCUGGAAUUUCCCCGUUUUGAAGUUUUUGAUCAAAUCUAUUGUUGUCGUUAGAUUAAAGGCGGAUUCUAUUGUCGGGUGGAUUUCAGUAUUAGUU